AUGCUCGCCAAGACCCUUGCCCUCUUCGCCAUUGCCGCCUCGCUCGCCGUCGCCGCCCCCAUGCCCGACUGGAACGGCAACGGCGGCCACAAGCACCACGGCCACGGUGGCCACCGCCACGGCGGCUGGCGCUCGUCGUCCGAGGUCGCCACGCCCACCGACAACGGCGACAACUCGGACGCCUCGCCCACCCCUGCCGCCGCCGCGCCCUCGGACAACUCGGACAACUCGGACAACUCUGGCUCCAACGCCGGCUCCGACUCGGCCGCCAACCAGAGCCAGGACUCGGGCUCGGCCGCCCCCGGCCAGAACCUCGCUGCCCAGCCCCAGAGCUCCAACUCGGGUGCCCAGCCCUCGGGCGAGACCUUCACCGGCGACGCCACCUUCUACGACAUCACCAACCCCGCCGAGAACGAGGGCAACUCUGCCGGCUCGGUCGCGUGCUCUAGCCAGAAGUACUCGAACAGCGACGCCAUCAUCGCCAUCAACUCGGCCCAGUUCCCCGGCUCGUGCGGCAAGACUGUCAUCAUCAAGGACACGACCACCGGCAACACUGCCACUGCCACCGCUGUUGACGAGUGCACGUCGUGCGGCAAGAACGGCAUCGACCUCACCCCCUCGCUCUGGCAGCAGCUCCACAACGGCCACACCGAGGACGGUAUCUUCACCGCCACCUGGUCGUUCCAGUAG